AUGCUCCCCUCUCAGAUUAAUGGUUCGCCGAAGCGUGCCAAUCCCUUCAGCCGCGCAUCGCCUUCACCCUCCCCAACCCCAAGCCCGCAAACGAAAGCGCGCCCAAAAUCAGCUGUACUCGCAUCUGCCGGGAAGUUUGAAGAACCAAAAAGUCACAUUCGGAACUCUUCCUCUAUAUCUCACACCUCGCUAGCACCAUUCGGCCGGAAUGCGAACCGCCAAAGGUCGAAUUCUCUGAGAAACGAUGUCACGUCCGGUACAUUUGCGCCGGAGUUCAUCAAAUCAGAGGAUCUCCGCCACGGCGCUGACCAGAUUCGUGGACAAGAAGGGGACAAUGACUUCUCGGGAAAUAAAUACGUCUGGUUACGUGAUCCCGAGAAGGCCUUUGUCAAAGGGUUAGUUUUAGAAGAGCAAGAUGGAGCUCGAUUACUGGUACAGACGGAUGAUGGGCAGCAACGAGAAGUGGACGUCGACCAAGUUGAUAGAGUCAAUCCGGCAAAGUUCGACAAGGCAGAUGAUAUGGCUGAGCUUACACAUUUGAACGAAGCGUCCGUGGUGCAUAACCUCCACACUCGAUAUCUGGCAGAUUUGAUUUAUACCUACUCAGGGCUGUUUUUGGUGACAGUCAACCCUUACUGUCCCCUGCCUAUCUAUUCCAAUGAGUACAUUAAUAUGUACAAGGGACAAAGUCGCGAGGAGACUCGGCCGCAUAUUUUCGCCAUGGCCGAUGAAGCAUUUAGGAAUCUUGUGGAAGAGGGCGAGAAUCAGAGUAUCCUUGUGACAGGAGAGUCUGGGGCAGGCAAGACAGAAAACACCAAAAAAGUUAUCCAGUACCUUGCAGCCGUUGCAACAUCAGAUAAUAUGUACUCUCGCUCAGGAAGCAAGCAGAUGAACACCCUUUCGCAGCAGAUUUUGAGGGCGAACCCGAUCCUCGAGGCAUUUGGUAAUUCGCAGACUGUCAGAAACAACAACUCAUCUCGGUUCGGCAAGUUCAUCAGAAUUGAGUUUUCUCGAUCAGGGCAGAUUUCAGGUGCUUCGAUCGAUUGGUAUCUUUUGGAGAAAUCCCGCGUGGUGAAACCCAAUUUGCAGGAGAGAAACUACCACAUUUUUUACCAACUACUCAGGGGUGCCGAGCCUAAACUAAAGCAAAAGCUGCUUCUGUCGAACUUACAGAUCGAGGACUUCGCUUACACCAGAGAAGGGAACGAUACAAUUGCUGGAGUUUCUGACGAAAAAGAAUGGGACUCGUUGCUCGAGGCUUUCCAUAUCAUGAAUUUCUCGGAAGAGGAUCAAAUGUGCAUCCUUCGCACAGUUGCAGCUGUCCUCCAUCUAGGAAACAUUACCAUCGUGAAAGAAAGUCUACGGGCUGAUCAAGCCGCCCUUAGUCGAGACGCCCUUGAUAGUGUUCAUAAAGCAUGCCAGCUUUUGGGAAUUGAGACUGAGCCCUUUGUCAAGGGCUUAUUACAUCCCAAGGUAAAGGCAGGCCGCGAGUGGGUAGAGAAGGUACAGACUCCGGAGCAGGUUCGGCUGGCAUUAGAUGCUUUAGCAAAGGGUAUCUACGAAAGAGGUUUUGGUGACCUUGUCAACCGCAUCAACAGCCGACUGGAACGAAACACUGUCACGGGUGAAGACAGCUACUUCAUCGGUGUACUUGAUAUCGCUGGUUUUGAGAUCUUCCAAAACAACAGCUUUGAACAACUCUGCAUCAACUACACAAACGAAAAGCUGCAGCAGUUCUUCAACCACCAUAUGUUUGUCUUGGAGCAGGAGGAAUACGCGCGGGAACAAAUUGAAUGGCAGUUCAUCGACUUUGGCAAAGAUUUGCAGCCAACAAUUGACCUCAUCGAAGUCACAAACCCUAUCGGUAUUUUUUCUUGCCUGGAUGAGGACUGCGUCAUGCCCAAAGCCACGGAUAAAUCGUUCACCGAGAAGCUUCAUUCGCUAUGGGACACCAAGUCCACCAAGUAUCGCGCCUCUCGCCUCCGACAAGGCUUUAUCCUCACCCACUAUGCAGCCGAGGUGGAGUAUUCCACUGACGGUUGGUUGGAAAAGAAUAAAGACCCCUUGAACGAUAACAUAACCAGACUGCUCGCAUCCUCGCAAGAUAAUCAUAUUGCAGCUCUGUUUUCAGACUGUGGAAACGCAGAUGAGGUUGACCAUCCCAGAAGUCGCGUGAAGAAAGGCUUGUUUCGCACAGUGGCCCAAAGACAUAAGGAACAGUUGUCAAGUCUCAUGAAUCAGCUUCACUCAACUCACCCUCAUUUUGUUCGGUGCAUUAUCCCGAACCACAAAAAACGCCCGAAGAUGUUGAAUGCCCCCUUGGUUCUUGACCAAUUACGCUGCAAUGGUGUCCUGGAAGGUAUUAGAAUUGCGCGUACCGGGUUCCCCAACCGAUUGUCCUUUAAUGAAUUCCGCCAACGGUAUGAGGUUCUUUGCCGGGAUAUGCCCAAAAGCUAUAUGGAUGGACAGUCUGCCGCCCGGAUAAUGCUGCAGAAGCUGGCUCUAGAUAAAGCGUGGUUUAGAGUCGGCCGCACCAAAGUGUUUUUCCGAGCUGGCGUCCUCGCAGAGUUGGAGGAAAAACGUGACGAGCUCAUCCGUACAAUCAUGACACGAUUCCAGUCUGUAGCGAGGGGUUUUGUUCAGCGCAGGAUCUCAAACAAAAGGCUGUAUCGUGCAGAAGCAACCCAUAUCAUCCAGCACAACUUCCGAGCCUAUUUGGAGAUGAAGGCCAACCCGUGGUGGCGUUUGUUCUCGAGAAUGAAACCGCUUCUUGGGGAGACACGUACUGCUCAAGAAGUGAAGAGAAGAGAUGAAAAGAUCAAACAACUCGAGACGAAAAUGAAGCAGGACCAAUCCGAACGCCAGAAAGUUGAGGAAGAAAGACGGCGAGCGGAGAUAGAGAUACAACGAAUCCAGCAGACCCUGGAGAGCGAACGGGCAUUGGCCCUUGACAAAGAAGAAAUCUUCAAAAGGCUGCAAGAUCGCGAGGUAGAGCUCAGCGAGAAACUAGCAGGCGCUAUUGCCGACCAAGAAAACCUCGAAGAUCAACUAGACGAACUAAUCCUUGCGAAAAAGAAGACGGACGAAGAGCUCGACCUGCGAAAAACACAACUCGAGCAGGCCGGAGAGAUUAUCCAGCGCCUAGAGGCUGAGAGGAAGGAGAUGCAGCAGAAGUUGGAGGAUCUGGAGCAGAAGCUGCUUGAGGCACAGAGCAGUGCCUCAGAGACGGAAAACCAUAUGAGGGAGCUUGGACAAGAGGUCAAAAUGCUGCAAAGUCAUCUCAGUCUGAAGGAGCGGAAACUGCAGGAUUUGGAGGCAAAACUGCUGAAGACCGACCAAGAUCUGGAUGUCAAGCUGGCAAAAACAUCAAAGGAAUUGGACCGAUCGAAGAAAGAAGUCAAGGAUCUUCUUGAUGAGAACCGCACAAUUCGGCAGCAAAUCUCUGAUCUCUCAAAGACAUCUACCAGUUAUGAAGAAAUGCUCCGGCGCAAAGAAAGCGAGCUCACAGUUUUGCGCAACGACGCAAAAAAGCAUGCCGAGGAGAAGAAGCAAUUAGACGUUGAGAAGUCUAAUCUCUCCACAAGGCAUGAUAACAUGCAAAAUAAGCUCCGUGAGCUUCAGGCUCAAGUCGAUGCUAUGGUAUCAGAAAAGAUCCAACUCGAGCGCGAAGCCGCCGACGUUCAGAAGCUUCUGCAGGCGAAGAUAUCCGAAGAUGCCGAAGCUGGAGAGAGCCGCAAACUUCUCGAGCAGCAGAUUCAGGACCUGAAGAAUCAAUUAUUCCAGGCACAGGCUGAUCUCAGUAGGGAGCGCCAGUCAAGGGAUGACGUACAGAUGCUCGCGGAGCAUAAGCUCGCAGAGCUAAAAGACAAGUUUGAAUCAUUGAACGAGGCUAAAAUCACCAUCGAGAAGGAGAUGUAUAUCCAACAAGAUAGUCUUCGACGGGCUACGGAGGCUCGGGUCGCUGCUGAGCAGUCAAGGAAAGAGCUUCAGCAAGAAUUGAUCAAGCUUCGGGAUCGAUUUACUGCGGCUGAAGAUGCUCGGCUGAGAGCUGAGGCCGAGAUGGAGCAGGCCCUUGUGAAACAGACCACUCAGCGUCUGGAAAGUAUCAGGAAAGAGCUUGACAAUACACAGCACCGUUUAGAGGAGGUCGAAGCGGAGAGGUCGCGCCUAGCAGCACGUGAGCAACAACUCAUGAACGCCAUUGCUGAGUCUGAAAGCUUCCGUAUCCGUCAUGAUCAGCAUAAGGAACGCUUGGAAAGGGAGCUAGUCACUCUCAAAGGCCGGUUGACAGCAUCCGAAAAUGACAAUCGUGCUCUCUUGACCAAAAUCCAGCAGAAGAACCUUGACAUUGCUAGAUCUAAUUCAAAAGCAAGUGAAAGCCAACGCUUACGUGUCGCAACCCUACAGAAAGAAAAGGCAAAGCUUGAGGAAGAAAAUAAGGCUCUCUCCAGGCAGCUAGGGGAUCAACAACUCUCUAUAACGUCGUUGGAGAAGCAAAAAGAGAAGCUUGCUUUGAGUGUGGAAGAUCUAAAUCACGAAGUCAAUAGAGAGCACAAAGCUAGCCGCAAUGCAGAGAGGGCUGCCUCAACAGCAUCUAUUCAGCUAGCUGAAGCCAACAGAAAUUUGGAGACCGAGAGGCAACUCAGAACUCAGGCACAAGCGAACACGCGAAAGCUGCAGAGCGCAUUAGAUUCUUCGAAUAAAGAAAUCGACGACCUGCACCGCCAGCUCAUGCUGUUCCAUAAGAUCGUGGAGCCAGAAGCUGAUCCUUCGGCUGAUUCUUGGGAUAAGAUUCAACCAGACCUGUCCAGGAAGGUCGACUUAGCUCAGCUGGUAGAGACCUUGCAAAGCCAACUGCAAGUGUCCGAGGAAAAAUACAACCGAGCUGAAGCUCAACUCGCAGAAAUGCGCCGUCGGCAUGGGGAGGAAAUGAAAGAACUUGACGCCCGUUACUCUUCGUCCAAACGUGCAUUGUUGGAAGAAAUUGAUCAGAACGAGGUUGCUCACAAUCGCACCCCUAACCAUCUUCGGAAGAACUCUGAAACCGCAAUUGCGAAGAAGUUUGGAGCCCCGACGACGCCUAAUCGUCGACUAAACAUCAACGACAACUCAAAUGACUCCGCUCGGUCAGACAGAACUGUGGACACUGUUGGCUACCAGAAACGCAUGGACCUUGCGGCUGAGAUUGAGGAGCUUCAGAACAAGCUUCAGAUGAGCGAAAUGCAGAACAAGCAUCUGCAGGAUCAACUCGCUCGAUCUGUCCCUCCCAAAGAUAUAUGGCAGGAUGACAGUCCCUCAAUCAGACGCAUGCAACUUCUAGAGCGAGAAAAUGGUCGUCUACAUGAGCAGCUCGACGAUUCUUCCAAGAAAGUAUCGGCCCUUGAGAGAAGCAUACACUCUGGCGAGCUGUCACUACGGGAUGUUCAAGCUAAAUCCCACGAAGAGCUGUACGACUUGAUCAACUCUCAGGAGCAGUCCAGAAGGUCUUUACUCCGGGUUCACAAUGAAACGGUUGCGGAGAUUACCGAUGCCAAAGCGCAGUUCGAAAAACUAAAGCGCGCAAAAGCCGCGCUCGAAGUUGAGCUUCGCGAUGCAUGCUCAGAGGCCCAAGAACUGCAGGCGGCUAGGGAGCAGGAUGCUUUGAGCAGGAACCAGCUACUGCAGGAAUUUUCUGAUCUGCAAAUCCGUCUCGACGCUGAAACCUCCAAGUCCGCCGAUCUUGCCGCGAGCCUGAGCCUAUACAAGAGUCGUGCUGAUGAAUACUUCAGCAAACUUGAGCAAGCAGAGAUCACGCUUCUCAAGGCUUCUCGUGCGGAGCAAUUUGCCAAGGCGCAGGCUAAGGAGACUGAGGAUAAUUGCGCCCAAAUCAUGGCUGAGCGCAAAGAGAUGGAGGCAAUUAUUGAUGAUCUACAGCGGCAGACGCAGUCUCUUGAGGCCAGAAUGGAGGACCAAGCGGCGGAGCUGCAAGGUGCGCUCCAGGCCAAGCAACGUUUGCAAAAUGAACUCGAGGACUACAGGAAUCAGCGAGCCAUCGAUAUUGAGGACAAGGAGACGUCUAUGGAGCAGACGAGACAAAAAUACCAAAGAGAGAUAACCACGCUCAACAAUGAGCUCGAGAUGGAACGUGAGAAGGUCCUCAAUGGCCGAACAGAGGCCUCCCGCCUCCGAGAAGAACUUGAAGAUCUUCGCAGCAAAUGGGACAAUGAGGUCCUGAACAGUUCAACCUGGGCCAAGGAGAAGUCACGUAUGGAAGUCAUGCUUCAAGAUGUGACUACUUCUCGUGAUGAAGCAGUCAAUGCUCACAAUGAUGCCCAGGCCCGAGUGGUUUCUCUCCUAUCACAGGUCAGGAGCCUGAGAACUUCUAUCGACGAUGUAACUGCGGAACGUGAUAUGUUGCAUAAAGAGAAGAAAAUGCUAGAAGCACGGUUAACAGAAGCUGGAGAGCGCUUGGAGGACCUGGCCAAAGGUGAAAGUCCUUCCAUGCGCAACGCUGCUAGCAUGGAUCGUGAAUUGUUAGAGCUUAAGGCGAAGCUAGCUCAACAGGAAGAUCUUUCUCUCGCAGCCGUCGGCAAGAUGAGGAGGGCGGAAGCUCUUGCGACUGAGAUGCAGAAGGAAGUUACUGCCGAGAGAGAGGCAACCGCACAGCUCUUCAAGGACAAGGCUGCCUUGGAGAAACAGCUGAAGGAGGCACAGUUGCGGUGUGUUGACUUGGAAACAAAAAGCUACUCCUCUGGUAGCCAAGAUAUAAGAUUCCUCCACAAAAGAAUCAAAGAGCUGGAAACUCAUCUGGAAGAACAAGAAGCGAAGAAUAACUCAGAGCAACGGUCUUUGCGGAAUGUUGAUCGAACUGUCAAGGACUUGCAAUCUCAAAUCGAACGGCGCGAAAAGAUGAACGCACAGCUCGAAGAGGAGGUUAACAGGGGUCGUGAGAAGGUUGAACGCCUUCUGAAAAACAUCGACGAACUCCAACAGAGCGAGUCGGAUUCGCAACUUCAAGCGCGUCGCGCAGAGCGAGAGCUGCGUGAAGAGCGCGAAAAGUCGUUGAGGUUGGAGCGUGAGCUAAACGGUUGGAAAGCCCUCCGAGUCGAACGCGGAGGUAGUGCCAUCGCAAGGAGCCAUGUCGCCUUCAGUGAUGCCGGAAGCCGGAAAGGCAGCGGUGCUUACACCACAGGUGACCUGCACCGGAUGCCUAGCAACACCAAAGGUUUUCUUUGA